AUGCCCAGCCGAGAUCGUGGCAACCUCGCGAUCCGACUGCCACCGAAUGGAGGGAAUGGCCACGGGACGCGAAGCGGCGGCCAACGGCUGGCCUCUGCGCCUUGCUCCUCGGAUCUGACGGAAGCAGGCACUUGGCGGAUGACGAAUGUCAAGUUCACAAAGAGCGGCGACCGACCGACGGCACCACGGCGCUACGCUCCCCCAGACGGCAAAUCGAGCAACUUUUCUUCCGGGGUACAAGCAAAUUUGCGAGUUAUCGAGUUAGCGGGUGAGAGUGGAGGACAACUGCGCCGGGAGGUCGGCCGCGCGCGGCUGCCGGCGCCCGAGCUCUGCGCUGAGGUUGAAGACCUGAACCGGUUCGAUCCAUCGGUCAGACUGCUUUGCAACGAGCGACGGCCUCGUCCAUCGAUCAUUCGCCCCAACCCGAUUUCGCUGCCAGCUCCGUUAGCAAAUGUCGAGCGUCUCCACUACACAUAA